AGCCCCUGGGGCGCCCCUCCUGGAACACCCCCUUCCCCAAAAACCCUCUGCAACCCUCCGGCCCUCCGGCUCUAGAGCUGCCCCCCCUCUGCCCUCUGGUGCGCGCCGCCCCUCCGCGGAGGCGCGGGCUCAGGGCCUCCCCGCUUCGGCCGCACCCGUGCACGCCACCGGGCUAGCGCGCGCGCGUGGCGCGAGGGGCCCGGCCGCCCCCUGCGCGCCCCGCGCCUGGCGCUGCGUCGGGUGCGACGCGCCCUCUUAGCGGGAUGGCGGCGCCGGGGGGGCCGCCCGUCUGCGCCACGCGCGAGCCCUUUGGGCCCGCGGCCUUCGCCGCGGUGAACGCGCGGGGGCAGGUCGUCACCUGGGGCGACGCGUCCUGCGGCGGCGACAGCAGCGCCGUGCGCGCCCAGCUGUCGGACGGCGGCGGCGUGCGGCGCCUCUGCGCGAGCGGCCAGGCCUUCGCCGCGCUGCGCGCCGACGGCUCGGUGGUCGCCUGGGGCGCGGCCGGGGCUGGCGGAAGCACUCUGGCCGCCAAGGCUCGCCGUGGUGGAAGCGGGUCCUCGGGCAUCUGCCCGAGCAGCAGGGCCUUCGCCGCCCUGAAGGAGGACGGCUCGGUGGUGACGUGGGGCGGCCUGCGCUGGGGCGGCAAGAGCGACAGCGUCCGGGGCGCCCUGCAGGGCGGCGUGGCCGAGCUCUGUGCCACAGACGGGGCCUUCGCAGCCCUGAAGGCCGACGGUUCGGUCGUGGCCUGGGGCGCGGAGGGCUUCGGGGGCGCGCCGGCGCAGGCGGGCGCCCUGCUGUCCGCGGGCGUCGCGCGCGUGGUCGCCGGCUACGCGGCCUUCGUGGCCCUGAGGGCGGACGGGUCGCUUGUCGCCUGGGGCGACGCCCGCUAUGGCGGCCGCGUGGACGCCGUCCGGGAGCAGGUGGCGGGCGGCGUGCAGCGCGUGUGGGCCGCGGACAGGGCGUUUGCCGCGCUGAAGGAGGACGGCUCCGUGGUGUGCUGGGGUUCGACAGACUUUGGCGGCAGCAUCGCCGCCGUUCGCGACCAGCUCUCCCGAGGGGUCCAGGCCGUCUUUCCAGCGCUCGCGGCGUUCGCCGCGCUGAAGGCGGACGGCUCCGUCGUGUCCUGGGGUGACAUGAGGUAUGGCGGCAACAGCGCGGCGGUCGCCGGCCAGCUGGCGGGUGGGGUGCGGACGAUCUGCGUCAGCAGCUGGGCGUUCGCCGCCCUGAAGGCCGACGGCUCGGUGGUCUGCUGGGGGUCUGCGGAGACAGGGGGCAACAGCUGCGCGGUGCGCCACCGCUUGUCCGGCGGCGUGCGGCGGGUCUUCUCGACCAGCAAGGCGUUCGCCGCCCUGAAGGAGGACGGCUCGGUCGUCACAUGGGGCAACGCCGACUCUGGCGGCGACUCCCGGAGCGUCGAGGGCCAGUUGGCGUCGGGAGUGAGGCACAUCUCGGCAACCCCGCCUUCGCCGCGGUGAAGGCGGACGGCUCCGUCGUGACGUGGGGGUCGGCGAGCUCGGGCGGGAACAGCGAAGCCGUGAGGGACGAGCUGCUCCUGGACCCCUCGUGGAUGCCGUCGUGCGGGGCGGCCGGCGAGGACGCUCCAGGGGAGUCCAAGCUUCAGCUCCAGCGCCAGCUGAGCGACGCGAGCACCUCGGCGUCGCCGCUGAGGCAGGCGUCGCCCGAUGCGCUCGCCGAGGUGCC